UUGCAAUAGACAUUGAACCUCCGAGAGCUUUUGUAAACUCUGAUCAAAACCAUAGCUACGUAGCCAGGUCACGUCGUUGUCGUUCUCCUUGAGCAGGAACGCGAAACAGAGCAAACCGCGCUUCUUCUUACACCAUGAAAGAUGAUUACAAGGUUGAUGAGAAGAAACAAGCAGCUGCAGAUGUAUUGUUUAGUUACUCCAAGUUUGCUAUGGCCUGCAUCGGUAACCAGACUCGUCCUACCGACAUGAGGCUGCAUCUCAUGAAGGAGAUCUCGGGAUUGCCAACUUCUCUGAAAAGAAGAGAAGCUUCCAGAGCUGCAACUUCUCCUGAUCCACUCGGCGAAUCUUCCAGCUCCGGCACCGCCAGGCUUGAUAAAGUUGAUAGCUUCAGAGCUCUUUGAUACUAAGUUUUACAUUAAUCUCCACUCUUGGUUUUGCCCAGUGAUAGUGUUAUGCUGUAAUCUAUUCCCAUUGUGCGAACUCCGAAAAAUAAAUGUUAUGCUACUACUUUUAACUAUUAUCCUGUUCAUAUAAUCUCCUUAGAUAUUAUUGGCCAUAUAUUCAUCUA